ACUCACCAGCUCUCAUUGGCAUCCUUUCCCUCAACAAAAGAAAAAAUGGGGCUGUCUUUCUCAAGCUAGCUAGCUAGCUAUAGCCAUGCCUCUUCUUCUUGCUUCACACUUACGAUCUGUUUUGCAGAAGUGAAAAAGAUGGAACUCCGCUAUUGUCAAAAGAAGCACAAUAGACUACUAUUCGGCUGUAUGUGUCAUUCUCAAGCUCUAGUAUUACUAUUCCCACACCAUGCCAGCACCAGCAGCUAGCUCGCGAUCCCUGUCCAGGGGCUAGAGUUGUCCUCAUCAUCAAAGUGCAAUCUCGAAAGCCAAGCUAGCUGCUAAAAUGUUUCCCUCAAAUAACGUUAAUGCCAACAUUGUUACUACUAAUUCCAAACAGGAGGAGCUUUCUAUCCCUUUCUUUCAUUUUCCCUCUCCCUACAGUCAUUAUGAAUUAGGAUACUUACUUGAAGAUCACGAUCCUUUCCUUCAUCAGCACCAUGAUGACCUCUUCUUUCAUCAACCCUUGAGAAGUAGUGACGAUUCAAUCUCUGAAACGGUCAUUAACAUGCCUGAUUCGAGCAAGAUCGACGAGCCAAUCAUUGAUUGCAGUGGAUCUAAAACUGGAAAUGUGAUCACCGAGGAAGUCCCAAGAAAGAGGUCUUCCAAGAGAGAUCGGCACAGCAAGAUCAACACAGCUCAAGGACCGAGAGACCGGAGAAUGAGAUUGUCUCUGGAAGUUGCUAAAGCCUUUUUUGGCCUGCAAGACAUGUUGGGAUUUGAUAAAGCUAGUAAAACUGUUGAAUGGUUGCUUCUUCAGGCGAAGCCGGAAAUAGAGAAAUUACUUCCUCAUGGUCUCUCCAGUGUUAGGAGUUCGUCUUCUACUUCUGAGUGUGAAGUGGCGUCUGGAAUCAUUUCUAUGAAAAACCCAACAACCAAGGACAAAAAGAUCACUAGACAACCACGUACCUUGCGCCCUCUCGCCAGGGACCUGAGGAAAAAGGCCAGGGCAAGGGCAAAGGCAAGGACAGAAGCAAAGAAACUGCAGUGGAGUAUAAAAUUGGAUGAAUCAAAGCAGGAGAAGAUUGAUAAUCUGAACCAAAUACGUUCUUGGGGAUCCUUUGAAACCGGGGAAGAAUCAGGUACUCAAAGUCACAACAUGAAUCCUUCCCUAAUGGAGGCAGUAGCAGAAGUUGAAGUGCCAAGCUCUCAUGGUCGCGACGUGGUUGAUGAAUCCUUGGUGAUUACGUUCCGGAAUUCAAUCUUCAAUUGUCUGCAAAAUUCUGGAAUUCCACAAGAGCAACAAGUACCAGAUUUCCAGGCCUUUUGCAAAUCAUGGGAGGCCAACAACAAUCAGAAUCUCUUUUAACAUAAGGGUCAAUCUUCUACCUCUUUGAUAUGUGCCAAAACAUGCAUUAGGAACAUGCUGUAUAUAUAUAUAUAUAUUUCUUUUAUUUCUGUUGUUGAAGGUAUGACAUAGGUGUUUAUAUCUAAUUAUCUUAUUAUCUUGUGGACCACUUGUUGAUGAUUUUUCCUAUGAAUGUGAUUGUUAAAAAAUGUUGUGUUUGUUG